GUGAAAGAAACUUUGAAAAAAAAUGGGCGGAGAUCCGAGAUGGACCAACAACUUUUUAAAGAUUUAAGUGAAAUUCAUGCCAGAUUAUUUGAUCAUCGACCCAUUCUGCAGGGCCACACUAACUUUUUUGUGAAAGAGUUUGAGGAAAAAAGAGGCAACCAUGAACAAGAAAGACUAAAGAAAUUGGAUGAAGAAAUAAAGGAAAUGAAAGAUGGCCUAAUACCAGAGGCAAAGGAAGGAAUGGACCAAUUUCUGGCAAAUAUCACAGCCAAAUUAAAAGUUGCAACAGAGGUUUGUAAAAGAGUUGAGGAAAAAGAAAACAACAUAGAUACAGAUCUUUUAGAAAAAGAACGUGAACGACGAAAAAGUGAUUGGACAGAAUUCUUGGCUCGUCAGUAUGAAACGUGUGACCAGGUGGAUGCAGAAUUUUCUGAACAAGCAGAUAUCGUAGCAAAACAUUAUGAAGAGCUUGAGAAAAAUCUAGUAGCUAUGAACAAUUCUACCCCGUAACAUUCCUUUUGUGUUUUUGAUGUUAGUAAAGAUUCUGGUUGACUUCUGGAUAUUUUAUUUUUUUAUUGUCGGUGUUUUAUUUAAUUGUUGUAAAUUUUACAAGUGCAAUAAAUUAAAGGUAUAAUCUUGCAUAUUCAGUAAUCAGUAAUAGCUGCCUAUACGCAAGUGCGUACACAUCACUUUCAGAAAAAAAGAAAAAGGAUAAGAAAAAAGAGAGAAUUAUUCGGAGAAAAAAAUCUCAGUACCAUCCAACAAAUAUUUGUGUUUCAAAUUAUUCUGUGUCAUACUGUGUUCAUUUAAAUUUUAAAUUAUCAUGGCUGUAUGAUAAAAUUUGAAAUCUUUUAUUUAAUAACUGACAAAUCCAAAUAAAUCAUUCAUUAUUU